UGGUUGGUAGGAGUAACGCGGUGACUGGGCAAGGUAAUGGCUGCAAAGGGAGGUGGUGCAUAGAAAUACGUUCAGAAUAUCUCUCCUUUGUCCACUUCUACUUACUAUAUAUUCCACCAUGAAGGACCGGUUAGAUUUUCUCAGCCUAGACGACAACUUUAAAGAUGAAGAAUCGUAUGGGAUGGACGAUUCUCAUCAAAUCAACAUGGAAGGAGGCUUUAUGGAUGAUUUCUUCACACAGGCCGCAUCUAUUCGCCAAAACAUCGAAAAGAUCAUAGAAGAUGUUGAAAGCGUUAAAAAAGCACACAGUUCGAUUCUGUCUGCAGCAGUACAAGACAAAGAAAAUAAAGAUAAGAUGGAAGCCCAUAUGGCAGAUAUUCAGAGGACUGCCAACAGGGUUAGGAGUAAUUUGAAAGAAAUGGAACUGCAAAURAAGGAAGAUGAAAAAAAGAUAGCAGCUGGUCAUAGUAAUGUUGCUGAUAUUAGAAUCAAAAGAUGUCAGCAUGCAACUCUKUCAAGGAAAUUCAUUGAAGUUAUGAGUGAAUAUAACACGACCCAAACCGGUUACAGAGAAAAAUGCAAAGCAAGGAUACAAAGGCAACUAGAAAUAACUGGAAAAGUAAAAACUAGUGAAGAAGUAGAAGAGAUGUUAGAGAGUGAUGAUCCUGUUAUUUUUACUUCAAAUAUUGUAAUUGAAACCCAGCAAGCUAAACAAGCACUUGGUGACAUAGAGGCUAGACACAGGGAUAUUAUCACACUAGAAAAGAGCAUAAUGGAACUUCACGAGAUGUUUCAAGACAUGUACAUGCUAGUGGAAAGUCAGGGUGAAAUGAUAGACAGAAUAGAAUACAAUGUGAAUCAAGCGCAGGACUAUGUGCAGUCAGCAAAAACAGAAACAAAAAAAGCUUUGAAAUAUCAAGGCAAAGCCAGAAGG